AUGACCACCCCGCGGCCGAGGUUGGAUGCAGACACGGCCGCGGUGCCGGGGCAGUGCCCGGAGUGCCAACGGGAGCGCAGAUUAGCGCCAGCAGCUCCCCCACAUUCGUGGGAAUGGCCGGGUAAACCUUUGACUGGGUUGCACGUUGACUAUCCCAGUCUUGUCAUGGGCUCAACAUUCUUAGUCAUCCUGGACACCCACAUGAAGUGGUUGGAUGGGAAGCUCCAGGCCGCUCUGGAUGUACUGAACAAGCAAGUGGACGAAAUCUCCAACAGUCAGAGCAACCAGCAGGCCAACAUAGCCGAGCUGAAGAAACAAGCUGACGCCAUGAGGAAGAACAUCGAGUCGGAGUUUACCAAGCUGCGCCAGUACCUGCGGGACGAGGAGAAGGUCCUGAUGGGUAAGAUUAAGAAGAAGGAAGACAACAUCCUGCAGCAGCUGGAGGACAACCUCAAGGCUGUGUCGACAGAGAGGGCCAUGCUGAAUGAACGCAUCAUGGAUAUACAGCAGAGGAUGACAAUGAAGGAUGCUGAGAUCCUCAAGGACAUAAAACAAUUGCUUGAUGGAGCGGAGACAUCUAAAAUCAAACCCACGGAAACCAAAUUAAAUCUGAAUCUAUACGAUCCCAUUGGCCCGCUGCAGUAUAUAGUCUGGAAACGAAUGCUAAAGGUUAUUAAUCCAGGUAAGGCUGACCUUGAAAGGAAGUGAUUCUAUCG